CACAACUGGGGAGAGAAUCCAAAUGGAGAGUGGAAACUUGAAAUUCAUAAUGAAGGACACUAUUUUGGCCGAGCGUCACUCACCAAAUGGACGAUGAUUUUGCAUGGUACAACUGAGGAUCCCCAACCUUUGCAGAAGAAUAGUUUCACACCUGCUUACAGAAAGUCUACCUCAAUGGUCACAGCUACUGGGACGAGAACACUACUUCCUUCUACUAUAAGUACUGUGGUUCGGGAUCAAGAUUUUACAAGUGGAAUCAGCCACAGUAUUAAUAGUUUAAGCUCUAAUUCUUCAGCAUUUCCUGGUAUAAGUCAGCUGAUCUAUAAGCAUACAGAUAGCAAUUCUGUAGCUACAAAACAGGAGACUGAAUUGGUUGAAAUACACAAAGGUGGACCUGUUUCAAAUUGUCCUCAAACAUAUUAUCGUCUGAACGGAGCAUGCGUUAAUGAAUGUCCUGAUGGGUACUACCCAGAGCAACAAGACCCUCUAGUAGUGAAUCGUGGUGAAACAGAACAACUUUGUGUUCUCUGUCAUUACACGUGUAAAGCGUGUGAUGGUCCAAACGAUUACCAGUGUACCCGCUGUCAUGAAGACGCAGAGUUAAAUGAGAAUUAUUGCAGUCAGCGGUUGCAACUAUUACAGCUUAAAGAAUCGGCACGUUGGUAUACUACCCUAACGGUGGCAUUCGUUAUCUUGUGCUGUAUAACGUUAAUAUUAGCUGUUGUUUUGAUAGCAGAGAGAGUGCCUUCUCUAUGCAGCUGUUUAACGAAAGAAACUAAGUAUAGCGAGCUUCCUGUUGAAACUUCCAACCACCUGGACAUCAAAACCAGCAUCCCAGCAGUGCCUUACUAUGAUGAAGAUAAGAAUGGUGGAUCUUCCAUCAAACCGUACUACGACAGUGAAGAAGGAUCUCCCUAGUUUUGGUAACAGGUUCUAAUGAACUGAUAAAAUGGCCAAUGUAUUCAGUGUAGGUGAAUUAGGUGUGGUCAGGUUAUUUAUGUUACUGGAUAUUCACAGAUAAAGAAAUGUGUAAAAAGAUUGCUUCAAGUACAAAAUCCUCACUUAGAAGAAGUACAGUCCUAGUAAGGAACAUCAAUAAUUCCACAAGUAUAGCAUAUCUUUGGGUUGUCAGUUAUUAUAUUUAGGCUUUUGGCACUAAUGUUAUCCAUAUAAGUCUUUGCAUUGAAUUUCAAUAUAUUUUGAGCCGUACAAACAUCUACUUCAUAUAUAUAUAGACACACAUAUACAUACACUAAAACAGGAGCAGUAUUUAUAAAGCACAACUUCCUCAGUUCUUUCAGUGGGGUGGAAACGAUAGAUUGGUCUGGAAGUAUACAACAUGAGUUGGGUAACUGUGAUGCUCUCUGAAUGAAGGGUCCUGUAGCUUUUCUAAAUAUAGAGUCCUGUAUGUUGCAAGUUGUCUGAAUCAAGGAUCCCAUAGUUUUGAAAUUCUCUUAAUGAAGGACCUAUAGUUUUGAACUUCUCUCACUAUAAGAUCUUGUAGUUCUGAACUUCUCUCGACUAUAGGGUCCUUUAGUUUUGGAGUUAUUUGAAGGAAAGGUUCUGUAGUUCUAAAGCUGUCUUUAUAAGGGCCCUUGAAACAAGAAAACAGUGCUAAGAAACUCAUCCUCAUAAGAAUGAAAGUUUUACAAACAUUUAAUACAACCUUAGCCUUCCUGGACAUGUGUAACUUACCAUGUGAAUGAAUAAAUCUGGACAUGUGUAACUUACCAUGUGAAUGAAUAAAUCUGGACGUGUGUAACUUACCAUGUGAAUAAAUGAAUCUGGACAUGUGUAACUUACCAAUGUGAAUGGAUAAAUCUGGACAUGUGUAACUUACCAUGGGAAUAAAUGAAUCUGGACAUGUGUAACUUACCAUGGGAAUAAAUGAAUCUGGACAUGUGUAACUUACCAUGGGAAUAAAUGAAUCUGGAUAUGUGUAACUUACCAUGUGAAUAAAUGAAUCUGGACGUGUGUAACUUACCAUGUGAAUAAACACGUCUACAAGUAUAUAACAUCAUACUUUUUAAAUAACUACUGUAAAGUUAAUAUUUAUUCCCGUCUCUGUAUUAAGCCUUGUAUUUUUGAAUAUAUUACAUGUAAGGUGAUUGAUGGUAUUCACACCCAACCACAAUACAAAUAUAUUCAGAAUGAUAUUUUUUUUGUAUAUAUUUCAUGAAUUACAGCUGGAGUUUGUGUGAUAUAUUGGAAUGACUGUCUUUGAGAAAGGUAUACUUUUAAUACAAAAAUAUUUAGAUAUAAAAUGAUAAAAGUCAUAUAACCCGAGUGCUUUCGAAAGGUGGACCUUUCUUCCUCGGUUUGCCCCUGAAUAAGAAAGGUCCACUUUUCAAAAGUGCUCAGGUUGUAGGGUUUUUAUCAUUUUGUAUCAACACUUACUGAACCUAUGUAUUUUUCUGGUAUCAUGAUAACAUUUAGAUAAUUGUGAUUUUCACACACAUAUUGCCCCUUGAUAGAACUUGUGAUUUUCACACACAUAUUGCCCCUUGAUAGAACUUGUGAUUUUCACCACAUAUUGCCCCUUGAUAGAACUUGUGAUUUUCACACAUAUUGCCCCUUGAUAGAACUUGUAUUUUCACACACAUAUUGCCCCUUGAUAGAACUUGUGAUUUUCACACACAUAUUGCCCCUUGAUAGAACUUGUGAUUUUCACCACAUAUUGCCCCUU